GCUGCAAUGGUGACUGUUUGUUUGGUGUGAUUACCAAGAAACCUAGACAGACAGCUAUGAUUGAGGAGCAAGUCAAUUGAAAAUUUAGCUUUGUAAGUCGUGUACUGUAUGCUGAUCUAUGCAUCCUUGAUUGUAUCUUAGCCAAGACAGUUAUUUGCUCCUCCGCUGACCCCCCCCCCUUCCUGUCCAAAAAAAAAAAAAAAAAAAAAAAAAGUACCGUACAGCAAGAAAGCCAAGACUUCAACACAGCCGGCUGGUCGCGCAAAGCCCAAGGUCUAGUCUAGACCCCACUCGAUCGACGCCCAAAUUUGGCCCCCCCCUGGAUGCCAUUCGCGGUCCAAAUAUUGUCAGAUUUAGCCACAAUGCCAAGUCCCUAAAGCAACAAACGCGCGCAGGGUCUACUCGAUCUAGACUAUUGUAGACCAGGCAUCAGUUCGCUUGACCGAGUGCAGCUGACAUACCUAGCUACGCUCCCGCGAGCUCAAUCCUCAGUCAGCCCUUUCGACAAACGUCCGUGACUACCUCGCAGUUGUGUACACAUCCGCUUUGGGCUACCUUCGGGGCGCCCUUCGGAACCAAUUGACCCUUGCCUUAUGGCACCUCCAUCGGGUCUGAACAAGUCAUCUUUACCAUCGGAUUCCGACUUACCAUAUACCAAGACCCUGGCUACCCGCACCGGCUCGUCGUCAUAUCUGGUUCCGGCUAGGCUGUCGGGUGCCACCGAUGUCGACGUGAACAACCCGCGGCGCUUGCAUCAGCAGCGUGAUGACCGGAGCCGGAGCCGGAGGAGAGGCAAGCGUGCUUGGAAGAAGCUACUUUGGGUGAAGCAAUCCUACCCGGACAAUUACACUGAUCAGGCCACGUUCCUCGAAAACCUACAGCGCAAUCCACGCCUCCAGCCCUACCAAUUCUGGCCUCUGGUCGCCGACUCGACUGUCAUCGUUCAGCAUGUCUGUUCCGUCAUAAUAUUCGUUGCCUGCUUUGUAGGCAUCUUUCAAGAGCGGAUUAGUCCCAUAACGGUUGUGAGCGUCUCCAGCUUCGAGACCUUUCUGGGGUGGUGCCUUUAUGAUCGUUGGGUCGGCCUCGAGGCUGCUGAGGGCGCCGGCGACAACGACGUCACCGAAAAUCCCCCCAACGGGCGAUCUUCGCCCCGAAAGCAGCGCUCCAGGUCCCGCGGGCCCAGACCAACGGGUGUAGGAUUCACCUCGGAGCGGCCCCGGCUGGCUGUUGUCGGCAACAAUGACCAACUAGGAGGAAGCCGGCGGGGCAGUUUGCUGUCCAUCAGCGCGCACCCGCAGUCCACUUCGGCUAGCUCAUUGGUCUCUACAGCCUCUCAUGCGAGCGGAAACGGCCUAUUGGCUACGGCAACGUCGCUGUCCCCAAAGCACAGGCCCUCUUCCCCCCUCCGAGGUGGAAGAGCACAGCUACGUGCAAACGCGCUCAAGUCGGCGCUUCUCAUUUACUUCACUCUCCUGGGCCUCUCUCCGAUUUUGAAGUCUUUGACCCGGUCCACGUCUUCUGACAGCAUUUGGGCAAUGUCCUUUUGGCUACUUGCCAUCAACAUUUUCUUCUUCGACUACUCGGGAACUUGGACAGGCGUUAAUCAUAUAUCUGUUGCGUCAUUGUCUACCAAUGCGGCAUUGAUGGCAUCGACAGUUUUGGCAAGUCGCCUCCCGUCAACCGGGCAGGUGUUCGGCUUAACUAUCUUCAGCAUUGAGGUAUUUGGCCUGUUCCCUGUGUUUCGACGCUAUGCACGCCAUCGGAGCUGGCGCUUCCACGUUUUACUCACAUUUCUGCUCGUGGCGGGCGCCGGUGUUGGCGUUGGUCUUACGUUAGCCGGCAACGGCACCAACGCGGGUUUUCCGUGGAGGAGCGGACUUCUUGGCAUGGUGGCAGCCUGUUUUAUUGCCGCUAUAGCGAUGGGUGGGUGCAGCUGGUGGCUGCUCGGGCUGCAAAAGUACAAGAACGAAAUCCAUGGUCCUUGGGAUCCAGCUCGUCCUGUUAUCAUCAGUAGGAUGCAUUGGGACGACGACUGACGCUUGAGGUGUAAUCUGACAGGACAACAAGAGCUCUCAGGUACGGCCUAGCAAACCUACCUAGGUAGGUCAGCUGAGGCUGUAUGCUCUAUGCUAGUGUCUCCGUGGAGAGAUGGACUUGACAAGUUUCAUGGCGUUCUCACAGUAAUCGCCAGAACCCCCGUACCUGGCAAUAACUUGGUCGAUGGCCACCUCGGUGAUAUCAACUGUACGAUGCCUUCCGACGAUAGCCGUGUUUCUAGUACUAGGUAUCCGCAGCAUCUCGGACUCUACUUCCCACCCACAGUCGGUCGCGAUAUCGGAAACCCAGGCCACGAGACUGGAAUAGGCAGAGUGCGACUUGCUCUUGUCUGUUGGCCGUGGGGCCCGGAACCUGGCGCCGGUCAAGUUGUGACUGCAGCAUGGGAUGGCUAGGAAUGGACAUCCAGAAGCGGUGGCGAUCAGCGGCGUCCAGGGAGUCAGCUCGUCUGCAUGGUUGGAUAUGAUGAAGGUCCCUUUGGGAAACACGCCAUUGUGGACCCCCACGGUCUGUGGCGAGACUUCUACGUCAUUUUUACCUGGAGAGACUUCCUGGCCAACGAGUGAGGGGAUUAAAACCAAUUCCUGCAGAGUUGGCUGACCAUCUGCUUGAAGACCGUUGUAGACAUGCCAAGAUUUCCGAGCUCUAGCAUCGAAACCCCAGCCACUAUCUCCCACUCAUUGUAUCUUUGUCAGCCACAAUUUCUAGAAAAGGAUGUUGAGCAAAGAAAUCAAGAUGAAACAUCAACUACGCAAGAUCACACCAAGACUAACCGGUAACCUUCCAGGUUCAGGAUAUGGACCAGGAGGCCAUUCCCGGCACCAAUGUCCACAAAGCCUGGGAAUUCGAGCGUCUUAUACAUCUCUGCCCAAAGUUCAAUCAAGAAUGCAGCUAUGCAGAGAUCUUCAAAUACGUGCUUCAUGGGGUCUGUAGAUUCUGCCCACCCCCCGACAAGCUCCUUGGCAUAGCGAUCUCUGAGGCCCGAGUAUCUGUCUUGUAGUGCCGACUUUGGAACUAAUCUGUCAUGAUGCACUCGCUUAACGUAGCCAUUGAGUUGGCCCUGGCCGAGCUUGUGUAGUAUUGAGAGCAUAUUAAGGGCUGUGCUUUGCAGCCUGGGAGUCAUUGACCCCUCGGGAAACAGCUGGUAGUGGAUAGAGAAGGUGCCUUUGCCCUGCUCAUCGUUCCACUCGUGAAGCAGACCAACGCCUCGGACUCGGGGAUGAUAGUAGGGAAACUCCUCUGUGGAAUCCAGAUGAGGGAGAUAGAGCACGAGACUUCUCCUAAUGCCUGUAUCUGGGUCUUGAGCGGAAUCCACAUAGAAGGUGCAGCUCUGAAUCAUUGGACUGUCUCUCCUGGUGUUUCGUGGGAUAAUUUGUCGAAGAUACGCUCUUUCGAGCCUGAACCCUUGCAGAGCCGGGCACCGAGGUAGCGUGGAUUCCCCCUGCACAGGGCACACCUCGGCCUGGUCAUGUUCGAUCUCGGACAAUAUUUCCGCCCGGAACAGCCAGCUAGACAAGAGGUUUGGGUUUUUAACGGCAUUAACCAUGGCGUAAUCAAAAUGCACGAGGCCAAAUUCGCAAGGACGGUGACAGAUUGGGCGCCAUGGUAGUAAAUCGUCAGACUGGUCGCCAGCCGUCUGCAGACCACAAAUGGCCGGUUUUGCAUCGGGGCCGUAUUCUCGGACCUCGCCGGUACUCAUGGUUGCGUGUUUUUAGAAACAAAGAGAACAAAAAACUAAAAUAAAAAAAGGAAUAAGGCGCAACUUCGG